AUGGCCAAAGCGACGUUUCUGCAGCGGAUACUGCAGCGGCCAUCCCAGACGUACUACGAGCCAGCGCCGAAGCGCUACCAUAGCGUCAAGAAGGAUUUACUGGAGCAGGCGGCCGAGGUAGGAGGGCCGAGCAGAGUGGGAGCUGAAUCCAGGGCAGAGAGGAAUAUCAGCCAUGACAUCGUUCAAGACGUUGCUCUAGAAGCCACCGGGAGCGAGGACGAAAGCGAGACGUUCUUCACGCCGCUCUCCACGCCGACGAACAGCAUGCACCUCGACUCGCGCAUCAUCGCCGCCAUCUUGCCGAUCGACAAGCUGAAACACGCGAGGCCGCCUCUGCCGUCCACGUCGUCGAGUGCGAGUGGGAGCACGGCGCCGAGCACGGCGACGGAGGACUCGCUCUUCUCGCGCCAGUCCGAGACCACGGCGGGGAGCUCGACGUACACGGACGAGGACUGGGCGCGGGACGCCAAGAAGCCGCACCGGUUCUCGACCGUGCCCUCCAUCCCAGAAUAUGUCGACCUGCCCCCGCGCGAGCCCAAGCCGAAGCGGCGGGCAAAGACGGCCCGGGCGGCGACGGUGCGGCCUGGGGGGAAGAAGGACCGGAUGAGUGCGCUCUGGGAGGAGGACGAGUCGGGCGACGGCCAGCCCCCGCGUCUCUCCCGCAAUAACUCGGCAGCGAGCACAGCGACCGCACGCACGGCCAUCACCCGCUCCUCCUCUUCGAGGCACAAGCGCCGGCAGACGGAUCCCCUGCCUUCGACGUCAUCCACAACCACCGCCGCCGCUUCGACGGCGAGCACCCAGGGCGGCUCCGGCGUCAUCGGGAGCCUCAACCAGGGCUACACCUCUCUCACCCUCCCCCGCGCCACCUACAAGCCCGCAGACCCCGCCCACACGCUCGCGAGUGGCAAGGUCGACCUCGCCCGAGACGGCCGGGCACAGGUCACGAUGGCCUCCGUCGAGGUCGUCCGCGGCGUCGCCUCUUCCUCUGCUUUCCGUACCCUCGGCCGAAGACUGUCCAUCCGCCCUUCCUCGUCCUCGCGACCGAGGUCUGGCGUCGGAGGGAGCACGGUCGGCGCAGAACUCGCUCUCACCAGCCACCGCGCUCCACCCACCUUUGUCCCCAACGGAAGCGUCCUCGUCCAAGUUCACGCAGUCGCCCUCGAAGGUCUCGAUCUCCGAUUAGCAAGAGAAGAGGGCGCGGGUUUCGUCCCCGGCCGUGCCGUCGUCGGCCGCGUCGUCGAGGCUGGCGUCGGCGUUCCCCGCGAGGAAGGUCGCCGCGGCGAGUGGGUCAUCGGCCUCGCAGACCCAAAGAAGUGUGGCGCUCUCGCCGAAUUCAUCCUUCUCGACCGCCACCGCGUCCACCGCGCCCCCGCGCCUUCGAUUCCAUCAUCCAAUACUUUGUUUCCUCCCUCUGCUGCCUCACGAUCCGGUUCGCCCACUCCAUUCAGCCCGUCGACCCCUCACGCCGCCCGUUCGCGCCGUUCUUCGGCUUCCUCUUCUCGUUCUCUCGCUGCUCUUCCUCGCGGUCCUUCAUUGACCGAACUCGCACUCUUACCACUCGCCGUCUCCGUCUGGCGCGCGCUCCGCAUGUGGUCCCCUUUCUCUCCGGAGAUCACAGAGACGGACAUGGACAACGCAUUUGACGACAUCAGCGAGCUCGAGCUUCCCGUCGCGCUCAGUAAACGCCUCAUGAUGGCCGGCGCAACCGCACGCGGCAACGCAAGUCCGCGCGGGAGUGGGAGCCCGUAUGUCGCCAGCCCACUAGCAUCCACGCCAAGUCUCGCCAGUACAUCACAUGGUACCAGUCUACGCUCCCCAACGCCGCGUAUACCCCGUGCAGGGUCCGCACCCUGUGCGAUGGUCCUCCAGGCCUCCUCAGGCGCAGGCGCUCUCGCGCUUGUCCUUCUCCGCGCUUCACACCCGCACGCACGCCUUGUCGCGCAUAUACCACCCGGUGCGCUUGGUCUGGCACCGGAUACCCUCCCUGCGCCUGUAUGCAUCGACUUGCGGGAUUGGGCUGCGCUCGCGGAUACGGGUCUACCUCUGGAUGCGCGUGGUGCGGAUGUACUCGCACGAUUGAGAGGGUUGGGCGCCGCCGCUGCCGUUAUCGGCGAGGCCAAGGAGAGCCUCGAGGCAGCUGCGGGUGCGGGCGAAGUCGGCCCAGCCGUGGACUUCGUGUUGGACACCGUCGGUGGUGCGGGAGUGUGGGCCGCUGCGGCUCAAUUGCUGGGCAGGGGUGUGGGCCCCGAACGAGGUGAGGCGAUGUUCGUCACCCUUGUUGGCAGCGGCGAGAGUACACGCGCGGUGCCGGGUGCGCAGGACCAUUGGCGAGCAGCGAGGGGUCCUCCAAAGGCACACAAGACGCGUAGGAGAGUCGGAUGGGCCUGGGUUCCUGUCAGCGCCGAGGUGGACGUUGAGGGUUUGGACGUUCGCGCGGGGAUGGAGGCUGUUAUGACGAUGCUUGGUGUUGGCGUUGGCGAAGAUGCUCUGAUUGGGCUGGCCAAAGCUCAGCAACACCGCUGGAGGGCUCUUGGAGACGUGCUAGGCGGAGAAGAGAGCGAGGAGGUGUUUGAGCGCGCUAUGGAUGCGUUCGGCCCGAGAUUGGAGGACGGGCGGUGUGUUGUUGUCAAGGUCGCCGGUGCAUAG